AUGAAAGCGGUUCCAUCAACAUAUCAUCAGUGUGUAAAGAUGCCUACUCUGUGGGGAACGUUGAAGAUCAUGGGAGAUCAACAAGAGUCAAAGGAAUGUUAUAAAACCUCUAUAAAGCCUACGACGAAACCCCAGCAAGCAUAUCAAUUAAGGCGGGGGGCACGACAUGUUCUAGAAAAGAAAGAGCAAAACAUGAAGGAAGUGCCCCUGAGUAGAGAGGAUACUAAAGCUAAAGUCCUCAUAGGAUCCUCAAUACCUGAGCAAAUUGAGCAAGACCUAUUAAACUUCCUUCGAGCCAGAAACAAGAGGUUCGCAUGGAAACACGAAGAUAUGACAGGUAUAGACAAGAAUAUUAUCACUCACAAACUUAAUAUUGAUCCUUCUUUCAGACCGAUACAUCAAAAGAGAAGGAAGUGUGCACCCAGAAGGAAUCAGAUCAUCCAAGAAAAACUGGAAAAGCUCCUCAAGACAGGGACGAUCAAGGAAGUGAAGUUCCCGGGAUGGCUAGCUAAUGUAGUUGUCGUACAAAAGAAGAACGACAAUUGGCUAGUAUGUGUAGACUACACGGAUCACAACAAGGCUUGUACUAAGGAUCCUUUUCCUUUGCCACACAUUGACUCCAUGAUAGAUACAACGGUUGGCGAUGAACUCUUAACCUUCAUGGAUGCUCCAGCAGGAUUCCAAAAAAUCUAG